UGUCAUUGUACAGCGCCCUCUGUGACGUAAAAUCGAAGUUCUCUUUUUGGUCGUGUGUGCAAGCUGUAAAUAUCAUAUUUUUUGGAAAAAACCGGAAAAAACAUGGCAGAAGCAAUGAAACAGACCGUGGCACAAAUGCUGAAGGGUAUCGAACGGUACAAUCCAGACAAUUUACCCACGUUGGAGCACUACGUUGAAAUUCAGUCCCGCGAGAACGCCUACGACCUUGAAGCCAAUUUAGCUGUUCUCAAGUUGUAUCAGUUUAACCCCAAUAGCUUCAAUAUAGACAUCACCAGCCAAAUUUUACUGAAGGCUUUAACAAAUCUCCCAAACACGAAUUUCAUUUUGUGUAAAUGUUUAUUAAAUGAGCGACAGUUAUCUGAAGAACCCAUCAACGAAAUUAUUUAUUUGGCGGACAUUUUGGAACAGUGUGACUUCCAGCUUUUCUGGACGCGAAUCCACUCGUUGCCGGAAUUGACCCAAAAAAUCACCGGAUUUUUAGACUCUAUUAGAAAAUUCGUGUGUCACGUGGUUGGAAUCACGUAUCAGACCAUCGAAAAAGCGCAUUUAGCUGAAUUGUUGGGAGACGUGGAUGAUCUCACACUCAAAGUUUGGGUGAAUAAAUAUGGCUGGAAGGAGCAGGGUCAUCUGAUUUUCAUCGCCAACCAAGACGAGAACAUCAAAACGAAAAAUAUUAAUGAAAAAAUCGAUUUUGAUAGCGUGGGGGCCAUUAUGGCGUCCUGUCGCUAAAGUAUUCCUUUCGUAAUUAUUUUUAAUAAAUAAAUUGAUCAAAAAAAAAA